AUGAGGAAAGUUGGACAGAAGGAAGGUUUUAAAUUUCAUCACAGAUGCAGCAGCAUGAGGCUUAACCACUUGGUUUUUGCAGAUGACCUGAUGAUGUUUGCUUGUGGGAACAGGAGAUCAUUAUCACUAUGCUCAAGAGCUCUUAAAACUUUCUACCUGGUGUCUGGUCUACAAGCAAAUGAAGAGAAAACAGUAAUCAUGUUUGGAAUCCCUCUUAACUCUAAAUAUCUCAGAGCUAGAGAUUUUGAUGUGCUCAUAGAUAAAAUGAUGGCUCGGGUUCACUGUUGGGCAAGCAGAAACUUAUCUUUUGCAGGCAGAGUAGUCCUAAUCAAUGCAGUUCUGAUAAGUUUUUACUCUUUCUGGGCUCAGUAUGUUUUGCUUCCUAAAAGGGUUAUUGACAGAAUUAAUCAACCAAGGAAAGCUGGAGGCCUCGGUACUCGAGAUUGUUUCUUGUGGAAUAAGGCAGCCCUAGGAAAGCAUGUUUGGAGUAUUGCAUGCAAGAAGGACUCAUUGUGGGUAAAAUGGGUCCACAAUGUCUAUAUAAAGAAUAAGAGCUGGUGGGAUUAUAAACCUAGUAAAGGUUCAGGAUGGGGAUGGAAGAGAAUUUACAAGAUUAAGGAUGAAAUGAAGCCUGGGUUUUUGAGCAAGCAAUGGACUGAAACAGGCUACUCUAUCAAAGAAGGUUACAACUGGCUGCAAGGGAAUAGUCAGGAGGUGGCCUGGACAGGUUGGAUGUGGAAUGCUUUCAAUGUACCAAAACAUUCUUUCAUUGCCUGGAUUGCAAUUCAUGACAGAUUACGACUCAAGAGCAGGUUAUACAAAUCGGGAAUCUGUGACAAUGAUAAAUGCUUAUUAUGCGAUGUGCAUCCUGAAACUAUACAACAUCUAUUCUUUGAGUGCAAUUAUAGUAAGAUCUGUUUGAAGAAUAUUUGCUCUUGGUUGGGAAUGCAAAGCAGGAACAACUCCUAUUGGCAGAAGGCAGUCAUUCACCCGGAAAAGAUCUGCAAAGCAAUCAAAUUAGAGACCAUGGAAAGAAGUCAACAAAUGAUCACCAGGCAGUGGACAACAGAACAAGCUAAAUGGCUAUGUCAUCUUCGAAGAUCUGCCUAA